AUGUCGAGACAGAGUUUUGCGCGCCACUUCAAGCACCACGUCCACGCCAAAGUGCACAUGGUCCAACCGCCGGCGCUGACGGCCCAGGUCCAGCUGAUGUUGAAGCAGUUUGCGCAGGUGGGCAACUUGGAGUAUUUCCGCAUUCUGAAGCCGCUGGCGUCUCAAUUUGGCACCGAGAUUACCGUCACUUACUCGCCGCUGUGCCGCCAACAAGUGUUGGGCAAGAUGUUGUUUGACAAGCACGGCGACGUCAUCAACUUGCUGGGCCGUACCGACCCCGCCGACGCCGCUAGAGAGAACCACGGCCGUUUGGUUGAACGUUUACAACAGUUUAUUGGCGAAGACGGCCGUUUCAAGUCGGUUACGUUUAAGGAAAGAGCGCAACUGGAUGAUGUGGUUAAAGCCAACGUGGCGGGACAAACUAAGGUGAAUGAUGUCACCGCCUAA